AAUAGACGCGAACGUUCACGCAACAUUUGGAAGCUUUUGUAGCAUAAAUAUAGACGCUAACGUGCGCCUGCUGUUUAUUGGAUCGGUGACGCUGUGGCGCGAAGUGAAAGUCUGCCUCGAAGUGACUCAUCGGAAGUGAAACAAUUGUGGCUCUUGGUGGAAGCAACACGGAAAUUGCUGUUACGCACACACACACACAUACAGCCUGCACAACAAAGCCAUCAACAAUGGAGUUUCCGAAUUUGGGCAAACACUGCUCGGAGCAGUUUUGCAACAAGUUAGACUUUCUGCCCAUGAAAUGUGAUGCCUGCGGUGCCAUAUUCUGCUCCGAUCACUUCAGCUACAAAGACCACGCGUGCCCCUCGGCCUACAAAAAAGACGUCCAAGUGCCCAUCUGUCCGCUGUGCGGUGAUCCCGUACCGACGCCCCGCGACGUAUCGCCAGAUGUGACCGUGGGUGCCCACAUCGAUCGGUUCUGCAAGUCGGAUCGAAAGAAAAUCUACACCAAUCGCUGCUCGUACCGCAACUGCAAGAAGAAGGAACUCAUCCCCGUGAACUGUAGCGUGUGCCGAUUGAACUUUUGCCUUAAGCAUCGCCACACAACCGAUCACGACUGUCAGGGACCGGCGGCAGGGCAACGGAAUCUCGUGGCCACAGCUGCCAUACAGCGGCAAAGCACCAAGCCUGUCUCCUCCUCAACCGGUCUAUUCUCAGCGUUCCGAUCUGGCGCAACCAGCGCGCAGACUGCAGCCACUAGCAGAAGCAGCAACGCGGUCAGUAGCACCACCACGAACGAACAUAUCGCAAUCGUCCAGGGCGGUAUGUCGGAGGACGAAGCGCUAGCACGUGCGAUCGCCCUGUCCAUGCAGGAGGAGGAGGAGGAACAGCAGGCACAGUUGCGCCAGCAAAGCCAGCAAAGGCGCAAUCCGUCCAAUACGGCGCGCGGCAUAUCUGUUGGAAAUGGAAGCGGCACCGGUGCCUCCAAGGAUCGAUGCAAUUUGUCGUGAUGAGAACGCUGGUGACGAUUGUUGUGAUCCCAUCCCAUUCCAGCUGUUUCCGCGGACCGAAGACAAUCAAAGUGCGCUGCCGGACUACUUCUACUCGAGCCGAAGAAUGUAAUGGACGUGUACGGUUAAAGCAUGCUGUGUGAUUUGUUGUUAUGAAUUUGUUUUGCGUUUUCGGAUAGAAACGAUUGUAAAAGACACGCUCGCGCUUUCCUUUACCGACCAUCUGCCCUCAUAUACACAUACACCAUCGACGGAUUGCAGCGCCACCAAAAACAAAAACGAUGUUGAGUUAGUUGUAGUUUUUCCCUUCACGAAUACAAUUAUAUUUAUGCAUAUUUUAA